AUGGCUGUAGAUGUUAUUAAGAGGCAUUACCUUAACGAGCAUAUACUGGUGCGAGCGCGCAACAUGGACCUCAACGAUCGCGCCCUCGACGACUAUCUCGUUAAUUUAUUGAAGCAAGGUAAUACUUUAUGCGCCAAAACAGUAGAUGGGGCAGUUGCUGGUGUUUGUGUUAACUUUGCCAGUAGUCCUGUUGAUCCGGGGAAUUUGAGGCUUUACGCGUACUACCGGCAAAUCAAAAUGCUCACUGUAUUACCAGAAUUUCGUAGACAAGGUUUGGCGGUGUUGCUAGCGGAGAAAUCUAAGGAGCAGGCAAUGGAUCAGGGUUACAAAGUCAUUCGCAUGGAUUGCAUAAAUGCUUACGAUUAUAAAGUGGCUGAGCGAUGCAUGCUACAGUGCAUAGUUAAGUAUCCUCUGCAUAAGCUUCGAGGACCCAACGCUCCUUAUAUCAAACGCAAUUCAGCAUUCAACCGUUACGUGCGAGUAUACGUCGAUGCGCGUACGCAGAACGACGUUCCAGACAAGCACUUUAUUAGACAGAGGCAAAUAGACAUAGAUAGUCUUAUUGAAUGA